AUGACAAAGAAUCCGUCAAUAGUCGCAGGCGAUGCCCGAGUGUUUCAAGCAGUAGAUAUACGCGAAUUACGGCAUCUUGUUGAUGUAGUUGUCUUCCCACAACACGGACCACGGCCGCAUCCUGAUGAAAUGGCUGGAUCCGAUUUGGAUGGUGAUGAAUAUAGCGUUAUUUGGGAUGAGCAGCUGCUGCUUGAUCACAACGAACAAGCAAUGGAAUUUGGUAAACGCUUACACACUCCGGCUGCUUUGAGUCAGGAAGAAGUGGAACGGGAAAUGCGACGCUUCUAUACGGAAUAUAUAAAGCAGGAUUCGAUUGGUGCAAUAGCAAAUGCAUUUCUGGUGAACUCCGAUUUCUAUGGUAUAAAUAGCGAUGUAUGCCUGCGGAUAGCCGAGAAGCAUUCACAGUCGGUAGAUUUUCCAAAAACUGGACAGCCACCGGAGCCGCUUGUAAAAGAGUGGACCAAACAAGUGGAUGGAACGCUUGUACCGCCUGAAAAACCCGAACGAUGGCCCGAUUUCAUGCACAAAACCCAUGAGCCUUCUUAUGUUUCUCCUCGCCUAGUUGGACAACUUUACAGGCGCAUUCGUUUAAUCCAGGAUGUGUUGGCAGUGACAAGUGCGAAUGAGGAGCUCACACAAAUCAAACUGGAUCCGCUGCUAGUGUACGAGGGUUGGGAAGAAUAUGAAUUCGAAGCGAGGCGCAAUCUCGAUGCUUAUAAUGCUCAUAUAAGGGCACUGCUCGAUAAUUAUGGGAUUCAGGAUGAGGGACAGUUGUUCUCUGGUUGCAUCAGUUCCAUUCGCAAUCGAAUCAGUGAUCGUGACAUGGAUGAUAUGUCAUUUUUCAACACCAAUUUUAUGAUUGAACAAAAAGUCACCAACAUAUUUAUGACUUUUCGUGAGAACUUUUUCACCGAGUUUGGUGGUUUUUCCACGUGCACACAGCAGGAUGAAGAGGGUGGUGCCUACAGAAAUUUGUAUGAAAGGCGCUACUGUCCAUCACCAACAGUGGAAAUGAAAAGGAAAGCUUCCGCUUAUUACAUCACUUGCUACCGUAAGUCAUUGCUUUCUAAACAUCAAUUUUUUGAACUGAUUCUUUUA